AUGUCAGCUGGUAUUCUACCAGAUAUGUAUCGAUAUACGGCACGAAAAAGUACCGUAUCAAAAAAUCCAAAGUCAUCAAAUGUAUCAUUAUGUAAUAAUUCAACAACACAUUAUUCAACAUAUCAUAAUGAUAAUAAUUCAAAACAACAACAACAACAACAACAACAACAACCAAUAUUUGAUAAGAUUGAACAUAAUAUUAAAUUAGAAAAAGAUGUUCCAGAACAACAAACAUUUAUUAUUCUACCUGAUAAUGAAGUCGAACAAAUGGUUAUGGAAGAAAAUAAUGAAAAAAUAACUGAAGAAAUAAUACAUGAUAUUAUUGAAGAAAUUAAUAAUCAAACAAUUCAAACGUCUCUUAUACUAAAUUCAAAUCAGAUAGAACAAUCCUUUUCAAUUGAUACUCAGGAUGUUCAUGAUGUUAUUGAUUCAAUUAUGAAUCAUAUUAUUGAGAAUGAUAAUAAAGAAUUUUUAUCUACCAAAAUAGAUAAUAAAAUAGAAGAAAAUGUAAAUAACAAUGAUCAAGAAACAACACCAAUGGAAAGUGAUCCACCGAUAUCAAUUACAUCACGAUCACGAAUCGAUGAUGAUAUUGUUGAAAUUCAAGAAACAUCAAAUCAUGAUAAUUCUCAUACAUGUACAUGUCAAUGUCAUAAAUCUAAUUCUCCACUUAACAAUGAAUAUUUUCUAUUUGAACAAGCAUUAAAACAAGCUAGAUUAGAACAACAACAAGAACGUUCAUUAACUAAUAAUCGUCUUAUUCAAACAUUAAAACGUCAACAUGAAGAAUUAAUUAAUAUAUAUCAACAAAAUAAAAUUCAAAAACAAAUAAAUUUAACAAAAAUUGAUCGAGAACAACAAACAAUUAAACUUAAUCAACAUGAUUCACAAGUACAAACUGAUUUUACAACAAUAAAUAAUAGUAAAAUAUCACCUAAACAACAAAAAUCUCUUAUUAUACCAACAUUAACUUCACACACAACAAAUCAUAAUAAUGCAACAUUAACAGCUACACGUAAUUAUAAUAAUACUACUUAUAAUUCAAUUCAAACAUCAUCAUCAUCAUCAACUUCAUCGUUACAACAAAUUAUACCUCGUCUAUCUGCAAAUGCCAUAGCAACAACUACAAUAACAAAUAAAACAUCAACUGUUACAACAAAAUCAGCUAUUGUAACAAAUUCUCAAGCAACAACUUCACUUCCACCACCACCACCACCACCACCACCACCACCACCACUACCAGCAGUAUCAUCUACAGCUACUCCUCAUGAUGUUGUGGACUUAACAGAAGAAGAUGAAGAUGAUAAUACAAAUAGAACAUCUACUGCACAACGAAUAACUCCUAAUAGACAAAGUACAACGUUUAUUCAAUCGUCGACAUCAACAACAACACCAAUAGCGACAACUACAGCUACUCGUAUUCGGCCAACAAAUCGUACUAUUCGUCCAAAUCCUACUGUUCCAAAUGGGCAGACAUUUCCUUUACGUCCAUUACCUGAACAUAAUCCCUGUGAUCACACAAUAGCUCGACCACAAUUAAAUAUUACACAAGAAAAUGCAACCGUACGUUUAACAUGGAAUUUACAAUCAACACCAAUGGAAUCUAUACAAAAUUAUGAAAUCUAUGCAUAUAAACAAAAUGCAACAGUAACAGCAUCUGAUUGGAAAAAAAUUGGUACAGUUAAGUCAAUGCGUUUACCAAUGGCUGUUACAUUAAAAGAAUUUCAAUCAAAUAGUCAUUAUGCAUUUGCUGUUCGUGCAGUAUCGAUUAAUAAUAAUAUUGGUCCAUUUUGUGAACCAAAAACAAUAUUUACUGGAAAUACACCAGUUCAACCAUUACAUACAAGUCAAUUACUCAAUGUAUCUACAUAG